AGCUUCAAUCAUCGCCUUCCAGCCUCUUCGGCUCUUCUUGUCAUCUUCGAUCCAUCCGCAGUUCUUCCUGCAUUCCCCAUUUGCGCGUUCUUCCAUCUCCCAGAUUGAUCUCCUUCCCGACUUGGGCUUUCCCGGUGGGAAAGCAGCUGUACCUAGGCCGCGAGCCACCCGCCCCUCCUGCUCUUCGGCAAACGCGGAGAAAGUGGGCAGGCAAUAAAGUAUCCGCGGCGCCGGCACGACCUCCUGCUCCGCUCCGUUUGGUUCGCCUUCUUCCAGCAGCGAGGAGUGGCGCAGACCUAGAGGCCAAGAACCAGAUCGGCGGGUCCAUGAAGCCCGACGUGAGGAAAGAUGCCGGCUGUGGCGUGACCGCAUUCGGCGUCUCCUGCUUCGACAUCAAGUCUUUCGUCGCCUCCCUCGCGCUGCUCACGCUCGUCAUGGCGCUCUGGCAGCUCCACCCCUACCAGCCGCUCCUCUCCGCCUCCCGUCCGUCUUCCAUCUGCCCCCUGCUCCCCCGGCCGACCAUCUCAGCUUCCUCCCGCGCCGCUUCCACCGCCGCCGCAUUUCCCUCCGCCAACUCCAGUACCAACGCUGCCAGCACCAAGGCGGCCUCUUCGGCUGCUCCCGCCGUUACGACGACGAAGCCGGCUGCGUCCGUGCUGCCAGCUGCCCGGCCGCGGGACCCCAACAAGCGGGAGUUCCGUUCCUACGGCAGCGCGGCGGCUCUGUUCGUUCAGAUGGGCGCGUACCGGGGCGGCCCGCGUACGUUCGCCGUCAUUGGGUUGGCCUCCAAGCCAGCACACGUCUAUGACACCCCCUACUUCAAGUGCGAGUGGGUGCCGAACCAGGAGCCAUCGUCGCCGGCGCCGCCUCGGGCCGUCCGUACCAAGGCCUACAAGAUGCUUCCGGACUGGGGCUACGGCCGUAUCUACACCGUCGUCGUCGUUAACUGCACAUUCCCCACCAACCCCAACGCCGACAACCGCGGCGGGAAGCUCUUCAUCCAAGCAUACUACUCCACCGCCUCCCGCCGGUACGAGCGCUUCGUGGCGCUCGAGGAGGUGCCGGGUUCCUACGACGAGUCCCGGUUCCGGCCGCCCUUCCCCUACGAGUACCUCUACUGCGGUUCUUCGCUCUACGGGAAUCUGAGCGCGGCUCGCAUGCGGGAGUGGCUAGCUUACCACGCGCAUUUCUUCGGCCCCAAGUCGCACUUCGUGCUCCACGACGCCGGUGGUGUCAGCACGGAGGUCAGGGCGGUGCUGGAUCCGUGGAUCCGGGCUGGACGGGUCACCGUCCAGGACAUCCGGGCGCAGGCGGAGUACGAUGGCUACUACUACAACCAGUUCUUGGUGGUGAACGAUUGCCUCCACCGCUAUCGGCACGCCGCAAAUUGGACCUUCUUCUUCGAUGUCGAUGAGUACAUCUACCUCCCAGACGGCCGGACGCUGCAGGAGGUGCUGGGGCAGCUGGAGCCCUACACGCAGUUCACCAUUGAGCAGAACCCCAUGUCCAGCAAACUCUGCGUGGAAGAUCCAACAAUGGAAUACUCAAGGAAAUGGGGUUUCGAGAAGCUCGUCUUCCGUAAUUCGAUCACCAGAGUCAGGCGAGACCGCAAAUAUGCGAUCCGAGCUCGGAACGCGUACUCCACAGGUGUACACAUGUCCCAGAAUGUCAUCGGUAGGACAACCCACAAGACGGAGAGCUUGAUCCUAUACUACCACUAUCACAACUCGAUCAACGUCAUGGGGGAGCCCUGCAGGGAAUUCGUGCCGAGACCCAACAAUGGAAGCAAGGUGAUGUUUGAGGGGAUACCGUAUGUCUACGAUGACAACAUGGAGCGCGUGGCAGGGGAGAUCAAACGCUUCGAGGAGGAGACACUUGGGACCGUCCGUACAUAGGAUCGGCGCAAAAGCAUCGCAUCGCUGGUGCGUAUACAGCUCUGUACCUUGAGCUCGUGCCCAUCCGUUCGUUCCCCGUGACUCUCGUCUUGUGCACUUUGAGCUGCCAUUCCAACAAGCAGAAUGGAAGAAUCUGUCUCGGGGUCGAAUUAGUGUAAAGUUUCAGUUUAGCUUUGAAUCUGUCAUCUGUGUGGAGGGCAAUGCCUUUAUGCUGUGUUUUCCGUUCUUGUCUCUAUGAUGUUGUAUGUAUCUCAUUGUAGAUUUGUCUAGACUGACUGUUGGGCUUUAUUAGAUUUUUCUGAAUGUCGUAUAGGGCGCAGUGUGAAGCGUCUGAAUAUUUGACUUGUUAACCACCCUCUGGAGUCUGUAUUUGUUCCUGCACAAACUGGAGCGUCAGUUCCCAUGUU